GACCUGGCCUUUAUUGACAGACUUUAUACUAAAACGGUGCUGCACCAACUAAAAGGCAAGCAGCAGGGCCGUCCCAUGAUAUUUGGAGGCCCUGUUUUACAAUUUAAAAUGUGGCCCCAAAAUUUAACUCACAAAUUUAUUAAAAGUAAAAAUUAUUAAAUAAUAGGAAGGAUGAACAUUGAUUAGGAGUUAAAUAGAAUUUGGUGUGAAAAUUGAUUUUUAGGCGUUGCAUGGUUUUAGAAAGUUGAGAAAUUUUCGGGAAAGAGAUAGGGAGAGGCGUUAAAUACUCUAACUAUUAGUUUAAAUUCAGCAAACUAAUUCUAUCCUAGUGGUUAAAUUUCCUUUCAAUGGAAGUGGAGAUUCCUGGUUCGAUUCUGCCAGUUGUUGUCUUGUACAUAUAUUUUUUCAGUGGGCCAUGAGCUUGCCAGCCCAAUCGGGUCUGGGGGUGGAGCUCCGUCUCGGAUUAUGAGGGGCCCAGUUUAGAGCAAAGCCCAAGGGAAUGUCAGCUCUGUCUCUUAUGAAUUAUGAGGCCCAGUUUGGCCUUGGCUCCGCUUCCAGGCUAAUGGAUUAUGAGGCCCCCCAGAAAUUGAGGCCCUGUGCUAUGGGUCUGACUAGCACAGGGCCUGGGCCGGGCCUGGCAAGCAGUUUUCAAGUAAUCCUAAUCCGCAGAGGAAAAGGAUUCCAACUUCAGUUUAGACUUACUCCAACAGUGCUUUCUUGCUAAGCUAUAGCAAAAGACUAUCAAAAGAAUUAACUACCAUGGGUGAAUAAAUGUGCAGCUAAAGAACCAAAUGUUAAUAUUAAAAAAACCCGUACAAAGAAAUCUUACAGCUAUGUCAAAUCAAUCAUCAACCUCAUCUCUAAGCACUCUUAGCAGUUCCUCCUUGUACUCUUCGAACGUCCCCUCAUAGAUCUCCAUAACACCAUCUUUCACAACCCAGAUCUGGCUCACCUUCCUUUUAUUGAUAGGUAUAUUUUGGUGGGAUAAAUAAAAAAAAAAGGAAAAAGUAUGGCUUGUCAUGAUUGAUAGAAUCAACACUCUUGAUAAAAUCAAAAUGUGGAAGACUGAUGUAGAUGAAACCUGUCCUCUAUGCAUGAUCUUACCAGAAAGUCGAGACCAUAUUUUCUCUAAGUGUAGCUAUACUCAGCAUUGCUUGAGAUUUCCCCCUGCAAACUGGGGAUAUUUUCCUUCUGGUGGCUGGCAGGAGAGUUGCAGGACUGCUACUAAGACUAAGAGGUUGGGAAAGUGCAGGAUUGGACGCCUGAUGUGGUGUUUGCUGAUUAGUGAAGUUUGGAAGGAGAUGUGUCGUCGGUUAUAUUAUAUGGCAGGAAGUACCUCACUUGUGAUGAAUUGAUUACAAAGAUGCCGAAGGUCUUGGGGGAUCUGGAAUGUGAAAAUUGUGUGUUUGCAGCAGCUGUGGUAGUGAAGCCUUAUAUGUAGCAGGUAGAUAUGGAUAGGUUGUUUUGAAACUGUUAGGUUGUAUAUUCAGUUUGAUUCUCGGACAGAUUGUGUAGAUAUAUGGAUCUGUGUAAAACAUAUGAGUGUAGAUCGUAUUUGAUGAAAUAAAAUCUCCACUUUUCAUUAAAAAAAAAAUACAAAUACAAACUUAAACGUUCCACAAAUUUUAUGAAUCUAUUUCCUUUCUUAAACGACUCCACAGUAAUUGGCUGUGUUAAUUUUGUUGUUGGGCUCGGAAUAUCAUUAGCCCAUCACCGUCCAUCUCCUUUCACUUUUGUUGAUGGGCUUUGAGAACCCACCUAGAGCUACACGUCUAAAGCCCACCGUAAAGGUGAAAAUUACUUUAGUGGGCUUUUUUUUUUUUGUCUCCAUCACUAAUCUUUGGUUAAUCCGUUUCAAACAAGUAAUCGCUACUACUGGAUGGAGACACCUCCAAUGACAUAUCUAGGUGGGAGAGAAGUAGCUGAAGAUUGAAGAAUGAAGAAAAGGAGGAGAAAGAAGAGAGUAGACAAGAUAAUCAAAAAUUGUAAUUUUUUUUCUGGUCAAUGAAAAUGCCACGUCACGGCGAACGUGUCAACCCUAUUGCGCCGCCGGCGGACUCUUCUCUUCCCUUUCUCCUCCCCUCCACUAUUCCUUCCUCCAAUCGGACUCUCGUCUAAUCCUAAUCAUAUCCACCAUUUCCCACCUCCUUUUAUCUCCCUUAAUUAUUUAAUUAAAUUGCUUCUGACCCCACUCUCUCUCUUCCCUAAUCUCAAUUCCAAGUAUACGUAUUCGUAUACAGUAUACGCGACGUAUAUUUAUCAAUUAUUAUUAUAGUCUUCCGCCACCGUAUACAAAAAAAUACAAAUCCUUUCUUCUUCUCCGAUUAAAAAUAGAAUUAAAUAAUAAUAAAAAAAUCAUCGCCUUUUGUAUUGUGGGAGUUGUCUUCUUAUUUUCUCUUGCCUUUCCACUCUCUCUCUCUCUCUUUCUCAUCCAUGGUUUCUCUCUCCGUCUCUUUAAAAAAGCUUCUCUAUCUUCUUCUUCUUCUCUUUCUCCAAUGGAAUAAGCGGAUAACUCCUUUGUAUACUUUCCACUCCAAUCUGUCAAUAAUUUCUUCCUUCUUCCGUUCCUCUCUUUAAUCUGUCUCUCUCCGUCUUCUUCCUCCGAUUGAUGACAACGAAGCCUCACUGGAAGACCGACACCAACAUCGGAAGGGUCAGGAGGGUAGAGCUCCGACGAGCCAAAGGAGCCGUUACUUGAUCGGCGAUCCGUUUCAGCCUCUCUCGGAUCCCUUUAGUUUUUCUUUUGGUUCAGAGAUCUUCUAUUAUCUCUAUUAUCUUCCUUCUUUUUUCGGUCGUCUAAAAAAGAAAGAGAAGCCAAGGAUAAGGCUGUCUUCCCUGACUAUCACAUGGAUGUCUUAGUGGGUCCUACCUUCACCAUCGACGUUUCGCCUCCUCAGUCGGCGGCGGCGGCGGCCGGUUACUCCCUCUCCCAGGCGGAGACCCAGCGGUUACUUCUGAAGCAUAGGGUUGUGGAGGGGGGAGAAGAAGAGGAUGGAUUUGUGCCUUCGAUCUCGAUCUCCAACCGCAGUCGGUUGGGUCUCUCGAUGGCUGGAUCUGGGAAAUCCCUAGACGAUUCUUCCGAUGGCUCGUCUUCCGUCGGCGCUCCCGACGACAGCGACGAGGAAGAAGAUGGAGAGAGCAAUAGCAGCAGCGGCGCCUCCUCUUCUAUGAAGAAAGGUCUCGGCUCGCUCGGCUCCAUGGAUGCUCUAGAGGAUUCUCUGCCCUCAAAGAGGGGAUUGUCGAAUUACUUCACCGGGAAAUCGAAAUCGUUCGCGAGCUUGUCAGAUGCGUGUUUGGCCGCGAGCAAAGCGAAAGAUCUGGAGAAGCCGGAGCACCCGUUCAACAAACGGAGGAGAAUUCUCAUGGCGAACAAGUGGUCGAGGAGAUCGUCGUUCUACAGCUGGCAUAACCCUAAAUCCAUGCCGCUGCUCACCUUGGACGAAGACGAUGACGAUGAUGAAAGCGGGGACCACAAUCGCCGACGCCGCCAGAACGAAGACGAUGAGGACCGCCGUGAAAGCCGGUCGUCAUCCUCGUCGGAUAAGGAUGAGGACGAGGAUGAAGAAGACGGGAAGCUAGCGCAGAGGAAACUGCUGCAGGAGAGGAAAUUCAAGAACAGCUUCAAGUCCCAUAGCUGCUUCUCCCUUACAGAUCUGCAGGAGCAGCAACGGCAGCGAGAACUCAAUCUGCCUCCCCGGCGUUGAAGAUUGUUUUUUUUUUUUUGCUGGAAUUUCAUUUUCAUUUAUUGGUAAUUAGUAACUAUCCUUUUGAAAAUGUGAAGAAAAACAGAAAAUGAUGAUGAGCUCUGCUGGGUAUUGUUAUUAAUAAAAAAAAUCGUUUCUUUGUUUUUUUUUCUUUUUUCUUCAAUAUUUCUUCGCCAAUUUUGUACAGAUAAAUGCAAAAUAUGUUUCUGGAUAAAUAUUGUGUUUUUUUUUUGUGCUAUUGAUAUUUUUCUUUUUUGGGGUUGGUAGGGGUUAGAGGUAGAAGGGAAAUAGGAUAGGCCAAGUAGGCUUAUCUUUAUCCAUAAUAAUUUAUUGUCAUUAUGAAAAAUUUUUGUUUUAUUUUUAUUUAUUUCCGCCUUGAAAUGGUCAAAGAUGCGGAUAUAGUUUUUUUUCAUUCGGGUGAUAAUUAAGGAAAAGAAAUUAGAAAAAAAGGG